GAAGAAGAAAAAGAAAAAGAAGAAGAAGAAGAAGAAGAAGAAGAAGAAGAAGAAGAAGAAGAAGAAGAAGAAGAAGAAGAAGCGCUCAGUUGAGUCUCCGUGUUGGCGCCAAUCCGACUGACAGAGAAAUAAAACCGAUCUCUCUUUCCGUUUAUCAAACUUGCCGCCGUUUCUCUCUCGUCCGUCGCUCGGCGCUGUAGCCCGCUAGCGUCGUUAGCACCCAUCUAUCAUUGUCAUAUUAAUCUGGCCCCUUCUCUCUGCCCGUAGUCACGAUAUAAUAACCGAGCAGCGGCGGCGGCGGCGCACCGGGACAAUAGAGGUGUGUUUCUCCGGGGAGAUCGAUACGACACGGCUGCAAAAUGGGGAGGAAGUCCAACAGAGCAAAAGAGAAGAAAGCCCGGCGUCUGGAGGAGAGGGCAGCUAUGGACGCCGUGUGUGCCAAAGUGGACGCAGCCAAUAAGCUUGACGACCCGCUGGCUGCCUUCCCAGCCUUCAAAAAGUACGACAGAAACGGGCUGAACCUGCAGAUAGAGUGCAAGAGAGUGACCUCCCUCAACCCGCUGUCUGUGGAGUGGGCCUUCGAACUCACCAGAGCCAACAUGCAGACGCUGUACGAGCAGAGCGAGUGGGGGUGGAAGGAGCGGGAAAAGAGGGAGGAGAUGAACGACGAGAGGGCCUGGUACCUGCUGGCCCGCGACUCCGACUCCGCCCCCGUGGCCUUCUCUCACUUCCGAUUCGACGUGGAGUGCGGCGAGGAGGUUUUAUAUUGCUACGAGGUGCAGCUAGAGAGCAGAGUGCGGAGGAAAGGACUCGGCAAGUUUCUCAUCCAGAUACUACAACUCAUCGCUAACAGUACACAGAUGAAGAAAGUGAUGUUGACAGUUUUCAAACACAACCACGGGGCUUACCAGUUCUUCAGAGAAGCUUUACAGUUUGAGAUAGACGAGACCUCACCCAGCAUGUCCGGUUGCUGCGGCGACGACUGCUCCUACGAGAUCCUCAGCAGGCGGACCAAACACGGCGAGGCCUCGGCGGGACACACCCACGGCGGCGGCCACUGUGGCGGCUGCUGCCACUGAUGGGGCUCCGGUUGCGACGACGACGAUCGGUUAAAAGCCAGCAACUUUUCAUGGCUGUGUGUGAAAGCUUGAGCUGCCUGCUGUUCCGCAAGAAUUCCAAACGGCCGUAGAGCGCCGCUAAAAAAAACACGACGGUGGAAUACGCAGGUGUCGAUGUCGCAUUAUGGAUUGAGGUUAGCGUGUUUGGGUUUCUGUUUUUUUGUGUAUUCCUGCUGCAAAAGCAGUAUGCAGUGUGAGCUUUCACACAUAGUUUUUUUUUUCUUCCUCUUUUCCAACUUCUUGGUUCACUAUCCAAGCCAUCUUUUCUCAUCUCUUCUCUUCUCCCUGUUAUGACUAUUAGUAACUCACAGUCAAGAAAAAGCAAAAGCGUUGCUGUCGUUCUCUACCACUGCAAUCAUCCUGCUCUCAUCUCCUAGCGUGCUGUACUGUAUUGAGUCAUCCUGCUUCUUAAACCGUAGUUAUGGACUGAACAGCGGUUGCUGGCCUCGGGCUGUAUUAUAGUAACUUACUACCUUGAAUCUCAAAUGUAAAAUGGGAUUUUUCUGUGUGAAUCUGACUCGCAAUAUCGAGAACGGAUGAGUUUUUAUAAUACUUCCUGUGGUUUCCAAGAUGACAUUAGCUGUAGUUUAGUCCCCUUUAAAACAGCAUGCUGCUGCGCUGUAACGUUUUCUGUUAGAACUCAAGUUAUAUGCACAUAUGGCUUGUAAGUUACGUAUGAACAAAAGCACUGCAGCUAACCGCUACUGCACUGUUUUGUACCACGACGACCCGAGAUACUACUGUUGAACGAUGACGGCACUCUUCUGUUCACGUAAAAUGAAUAGACAGCUCCCUUGCUUUUAGGUUUAAUAACUUAUAAAGUAUCCAAGGUUGCCUUUUUUUCUUUGUUCAGUCUAUUUUCUCCUAGUAAAAUAAGUUAAAAAAAAACUCAUCAGUUGCUGUAAAUCUGCAUCCAAAACAGAAAAUAAUCAUUCAGCUGCUUCAACCUCCCACCAGAUUUCCUUACCUGAGGUUCAUGUUGUAAACUUAAAACAUCACUGAAUGUUCAUUUCCUUCUUUUCAUCCAUCUAUUUUUUUUUUUUUGCUUUGAGAUACAAAUGAGAGAUUCACUUGCUGUAAAACUGCACCCACCUUUCCUGUUCUUUGUGCCUGAAGGCGCCAGAUGAUCAUAGCAGACCUUUUUUUUAAAAAAAAAAAAAUCUGCUCUCGUUUUCAGUCCCCUCCUGCUCGCCUCUUUGGUUUCCAAGAGGUACUGAUGAUUUAAAAAAAAAACAAAUCGAUGUGGAUGUUUAGCUGUGCUUAAAAACUACUAAAACCAUCCUCCAUCCCGUCUCCUUACGUUAGCAUGAGCAAAUCAUAUUGAUUUAACGUGGAGGAGAAGCCCGUUUAUAUUCCCGCUUAAAGCUGAUGAAUGCUCGGAGGAAGAGACAGAUGCAUGAAUGGAAGUAAAGGAAAAGCACUGGAGGAGGUUAGGUAUUCCUCCGUUUCUCCUUGGUUUGUUUUCCCGCUGCCAUUAGUUUACAUGACAAAGUUUAAAAAAUGUUCAGCAGGAACAAUAGUCUUAAUCAGGAUUGGACGCUUCAGCUGCACUGCUGAUCUCCAAUGAAUGACGGGAAGUCUGUAAAAAGGAGGAGAUGCAAGAAUUAGUCCAGAAUAUUCCUGUUUGAGGAGGAUUUUUAGAUGUCACAUCACUAUUUAAUCCACACAGGCUGCUGUAACCGCUUCAACCAUGUCUGUUUACAAAACCUUCGGAGCGUUUUUGGUUUCGAUUGCUAGUUAGAAACCACCGUAAAACCCUUCAGUUGGGGCCAGAGCAGUGGAAAGAUGCGGAGGUUUCUUUAUCUAAUGUGACCGCGAAGGGCUUUAAACUGGUACGUCUUUAUCAAGGUAGAGAUAAAGUAUGUGAAGCAGGAGGUUGAAAUGUGACGUAGUGAAGAGUUUUCUGACCUGAAAUAAUCUCACACAAAGGAACAAAAAGGUUUUUUUCUUCAUUGUGUAAAAUAACCCUUUGAGAUUCAUUCUGAGUCAGAUUCCGAACAACAAAAACGGUUCAUGUUGCUUGUUUUAGGACUAGACUUCCUCCUUAUUAGUGCCGUAAUUCAUUUUCUUUUCUACUGCAUAGGUUCCAGUUAAAAGAGGAUGUUGUACAUAGUGGUAGUAGAUCAAUCGACUGACAGUCUCUCUCUCUCAGGUUAAUCAAACGUAAUCAAACCUCAUCUGUUUUACUUAACAGCCAUGUCGACAGUUAGCUGGUGGCCGGAUUGGAUUUAACGCACAGCGCUGAUCUGGAGUCGGUUUUUGUUUACGUGCGUGAACUUUUGAGUAAUUUUACUUUUCAAACUACCACAAAAGUACCAAUUAAAUCGCUGUAAAAACUCCUAUUCCUUAAAAAUGUGACUUUGUAUGACAGUAAAUAUGCUACAAAUUUUGGACUGACCCCAGAUCUGUGCUCAGUCGUUACAUUCAAUCCCCCCCAAAAAAAAUUUAAAAAAGGCUCACUGGAGGUAAAAAUGAUUUUGUGAAAAAAACACGAGUUGGAAAACGAGCCUGAACUUACCCAGUUUCUUUUAAAGUCAGUGAGUACUUUUUUUCUUUUAGAAAUGGUUCCGUACCCUCACAAAGUUACAGAUACUUCUCUCGGUCUUUUCUCUAUGUGUAUAUAUAUAAAUAUAUAUAAGCUGUUGUGAAUCCAUCUUCAUUUCUUGGCCUUUUACAGGUGAAACACUUUUUUAAACAUGAUGUUGAAUAAAAAAAAAAAUAACAAAAAAAACCCCUUACAUGUUUGAGAGUGGGUGUUAAAGUCCUGUCCAUUAUGACAAUGAAAGGGAAAACUAAGUCAUUCUGCCUUGUCAGUGUUUUAUUUGUAUGUUACAAAUAAAGGAAAGUUGUUUGACUUUUCAA